AUGCUACUCGUCGCCGCGACCAGGGAGGUGCUUGGUCGAGCACGCUACACCGGACGAGUCCUUUGCACCGACCUUCGCCCCUGCUCGACGCAGUCGCUGUCGACCGAGGUGGUGGCUCUGCGGACGAUCGUCUCGAUGACGAAGACGACCCCCGAUAGGAUGCACGCGCGGCUCGCACACGUCAACGUCGACACGAUCAAGAUCUCGGCGAAGCGUGAAGUUGCUGUUGGGCUCGACAUUACGCCAUCGACCGAAGCAGACCCGCCGUGUGUCUCCUUGUAUUUCCUGCUGCUGAAGGAUCGCUACACUCGGUUUGUGUGGGUGAUGCCGGUCGCCAAGAAGAGUGACGUGCUGCGGGAGUUCCAGAAGUGGCUGGUGCUGGUGGAACGACAGACGAAGAAGUCGGUGCUGUCGCUUCGCUCCGAUCGAGGAGGGGAGUUCCUCGGGAAGGCGUUCACCGACUUUGUCGACGAGAAGGGCAUCGUCCACGACCUGACGUGCCCCUACACUCCACAGCAGAACGGCAUGGCGGAGCGGGAGAUGCGCACGAUCGUCGAGUCCGUGCGGACGAUGCUGCUGCACAUGGGCGUGCAGCACCACUGGUGGCACCUAGCUCUUCGACAGGAUGUCUGGGUGCGCAACUGCUUGGAGCGGUCGCCAACGCCGCCGGGGACGACUCCGCACCAGCUGCUGACCGGGGCGAAGCCCGACCUUACGCUGACGCGGGUGUGGGGCUGCAUGGUGCAGUUCAUGAUUCCUGAGCAGCAGCGCGGUGGGAAGCUGGCGCCGAAGGCUCGUUGGGGACUUCACCUGGGUGUGUCGCCGAAGAGCAAGGGCUGGGAGGUGCUCGACCUGACCGACAACAAGGUGGUCACGUCGGUCGAGGCGCACCCGCCGACGGACACCUCGACGGUGACUGUUCCGCUGCUCGCCGAGGUCGACGAGCCUGCGGAUGAUGAUGUUGUGGAGGUUCUUCCACCUCCCCCUGUUCUUGCUCCUCCCUCCCCCGUCGCAGCUCGGUCUGCGUUGACCCUUGUGUCGGCCACCGGUGAUGAGGGGAGCCGUGAGGCAUCGCCUGUGGCGCCGGCCAGUGGCAUCGCCGGCGGUCGACAAGGCGCCAAGCUCAUCGACCAGGAUGGGAAGCCGUCGACGACAGGGGAGCAGCAGUCAGGGGAGCUGGUCGAACAGGAAGCAGCAGCUGGAGUGCAGUCGACAGGGGAGGAGCAGCCGGAGCGGUCGACAGAGGAGCUGUCGAAAUCAGCAGCAGAUGAGCAACCGGUCGAAGGGUCAAAGCAGCUGGUCGACGAGGAAGGGGAGCAUUCGGCGGGUGAGGAGUCCAACGACAACGACAUGGUGGAAGUGCCGAUCACGAAGCCUGAGCUGCGACGCACAGGUCGAGCUCGACGGCCGCCGGAGCGGUUGAGCUUCCACGCCUGCCUACCGCCAGCUGCCUUCACCAUGGUGUACGACGAGGUCGACGACGACCUGUUGUACGACGAUGCCGAGGAGGAUGAAGACCUGCCGGAGCUCGACCCUGACGUGCAUGCUGACCCCGAACACCGCUCUGACAUCGCCACGAUGACGGUGAAGGAGGCGCUGUCGAGCUGGAAGGGCGAGGCGGUGAAGGCCGCCAUGGAAGAAGAGAUCCAUAGCCUCAUCGGUAUGGGGACUUGGGAGCUGGUCGAACGCCCACGCGAGGUCAACAUCAUGAAGAACCGGUGGGUGCUGACGACCAAGUACCGCAUCGACGACACCGUCGAGCGCGAGAAGGCGAGGCUGGUCGUGAAGAGCUUCACGCAGGUGUACGGCGCCGAUUACGACGAGACGUACUCGCCGGUGAGCAGCUAUGUCACGCUGAGGAUCUUCCUCAGCAUCGUCGUCGUCCUCGACCUCAACCUGAUGCAGCUCGACAUAAAGAACGCCUUCCUGCAGAGCAAGCUCGACAGGGUGCUCUACAUGUACCAGCCGGACUACUUCGACGAUGGGACCGGCCGGGUGUGUAAGCUGCUGAAGAGCCUCUACGGGCUGAAGCAGUCGCUGCUGUUGUGGUACAGGGCUCUCGACAGUGUGUUGCUGGGCGCUGGAUGGAAGAAGAGCCAGGUCGACGAGGCGCUCUACUUCAAGGCCGGCGAUGACGGAGUGACCUGCUGGGUGCUGGUCUACAUCAACGACCUGCUUGCCGCCAGCAGCAGCACCGCGAUGCUGAAGGAGCUGAAGGAGCUGCUGGAGGCCGCCUUCGAGUUGCGUGAGAUCUCGCCGGUGGUGAAGUACCUUGGGCUGGAGAUCGUGCGCGACAGGCCGGCCAGGAAGCUGUGGCUGCACCAGCAGGGCUACGCCAACAAGCUGCGCAGGCGCUUCAUCAACGAGGAGCAGGGCGGUCGAGUCCCGAAGACGCCGGUCUCGGUUGACGCCUACGCUCAGCUGACGUUCGACGACGAGGAGGCUCAGGAGCACGAGGAGGAGGAGUACAGGCAGAAGGUCGGCUCGCUGCAAUUCGUGGCGACGACGACGAGGCCGGACAUCGCGUUCGCUUGCAGCAAGCUGGGGAGCGGCCUCACGGUGAGGAGCGACCAGCAUUGGCGCGAGGUCGAACGCUGCCUCGCCUACCUCGCUGACACCCGCGACACCACCCUAGAGUUCGGCGGUGGACCAGAGUCGCUGGAGUUGAUCGGCUACGUGGAUGCCGACGACGCGGGCGACAAGCAGAACCGGACGAGCACGGGAGGCUAUGUGUUUGUCCACGGAGGGGCCGCCGUCUCCUGGUCGAGCUCGCGCAUCAAGUGCGCGACAUUGUCAUCGACCGAGUUGGAGUACGUGGCGGCCACGGAUGCCGGCAAGGAGGGGCGUCGACGUCGCUUCCUCCUUGCGGAAUUCAAGCUGCUCGACGCUGGGAAGCCGGCCAUCCUCCGCGUCGACAACAAGUCGGCAAUCACGGUCGCUGAGGGCUUGGGGCUGAUGGGCAGCCUCAAGCAUAUGGAGCGACGCUACGCCUGGCUGCAGCACAUGGUGAGGCGCGGGAAAUUCGUGCUAAAGUACAUCCCGACCACCGAGAAGCCGGCGGACUUCCUGACAAAGGCGCUGCAUUUUCCGGCUUUCAACCGGUGUUCUGUCGCCAUCGGCCAAGUUCGUCUGUCUGACGUCGGCGACGGCGACGAUGAGGUGCAGCAGUAG